CCCUCCCUCACCAGCUGUUAGAGGCGGCAGAGGCGAAAAAUACACACACGUGUUCUCCAAAACUGCCCCGCCCCUCACCCUGGAGCGGAAUCGGGACUCAGACAAAGGGCGGGUCAAUAAUUUUCAGGAAGACGAGAUUUAGUGGAGGUGGAGAAGAGAGAAGCGUGUGGCUAUGGGGUAUCACACCAUCAAGGAAGGCGAGCAAGCCCUGGUGUUUAGUAGCGGAGGAUCAGGCACACUCGUAGUUGGGCCCAGAAGGGUGUACGUACUGCGUGGGGAAAUAGAGUUCCUUCCUCGCUACGUGGCCGACCAGAACCAGUACCUGGAGGUGAAGUACCGAGAUGGCAGGAAAGAGAAUGAGCCAGGACCGAAGGAACUGUUCCACAACAGACUGGAGAUAGAGUCCGUCAGGGUGAGGGACUCCAUCAAGCUGGACGCCAACCACCUCCUGGUGGUCUACAAACAGGAGGAGGGCCACAUUGAGAGGAGGGUGGUGGAGGGGCCCACCGUUUUCAUUCCCUCUGCCCACGAAUGGCUCCACGAGUUCACCUGGCACGGAAGUCACCCCAACGACCCCAGUCGGUUCACUCCCAAAGGAAACAUAUUCCAGCAGCUGUGUCGAGUCCCGAGUCAGUUCUACUACAACGUUAGGGACGUGCGGACAAAGAACGACACUCUCAUCACCGUCAAACUCAUGCUCUUCUACGAACUGGUGGAUGUGAACACAAUGCUGAACCUGACCCAUGAUCCUAUUGCUGACAUGAUCAACGCCGUGUCAUCUGACAUCGUCAGCUUGGCCUCCCAGAGAACGUAUGAGGUGUUCCUACAAGACACAGCGUACCUUGGAGCCCUGGAAUCCUACCCUCAGCUCACCUCUAGAGCGGAGCGUAUCGGCUACCGUAUCUCCAAGGUGGUCUACCGUGGCUACCAGGCCCCACAGAGACUCCAGGCGACACAUGACGAGGCCAUUCAGUCGCGAGUCCACCUGAAGCUGAUGUCAGAGAGCGAGGAGCAGACGCAAGCUCUCGAGGAGUUCAAACUGAGGAGAGAGAAAGAGAGAAUCAAGCUGAGUAAGUGUAUCUCUUACUCCACACUCACUAUCUUUAUGCCCAAUACCUGCAACAUCCAGCGUACAUAUACAUACACUGGGCAACUUACGUGAUAGUACAUUAACUUUCAUGAUAUAGUUAUCAGUAAGUGACAGUUCAAUCUGCUCCCAUAUUCUAUUACACGCGUGUGCUAAUAACUUAGGUUUAAUGCAAAUGCAAAAGCAUCCAUUAUCAUUAGGAUGACGUUUCUUUCAAAGCAGCAAAACCAGCUGCAUGAGUGGGAGUCAACCCACUGCAUAUGACACUAUAAUAAUAGGCUGAGCACUCAUCCUAUGGAGCCUCAUGGCUGUGUGUGUGUGUGUGUGUCCAGAGCAUGAGAUGGAGCAGAAGCUCCAGGACCACACACAGGAGAUGCAGAAACUGACGCAGGACUGGGUGCUGGAGGAGGAGAGACUCGUCUACCAGAGUGCACUCAAGUUGGAAGCCGAGGAGCUGGAAGCUAAGUUGGAGGUGGAGAAGAAGGAGCACCAGCUGAAGGCGGCUCACCUCGAGAGCCUGCGAGAACUGGGGGUGGACAUGACUCGCUACCUCGUGGCACGCCAGCCACAGUUCGGGCCGGAGAAGGAGGUCAUCGUUGGAGCUCCAACCUCCACCAUCCCUUCCAACCAUUCAUCCACCAUAUGACUGGUGCCCUUUGGAAACGACAUUUUAUACCAGAAACUGUCACCCCAUGAAUUCUAUUGAUAGCUACGUCCAUUCUAGAGUUUCAAAUUUGUGUCAAGAUGUGAAAUUUUUGUAUGAGGCUGAUGAGAAACUAGUCCAUCUUCAAUCAGCACAAGCAAA